GAAGAUGAGAGGUUGGUGAGUGGAGAUCAGCAGUAUAUGGAGGAGGGAGGUCCUCUGUAUUCCCGGAAUUACCCGCAGGAAGAUCACAAUUAUAAAGAAAACGAUGAGGAUGAAGAUCUGAAAGUCAUCAAAGUUGAGGUAAAAGAGAGAGAAGAAGAAGAGAUGUUGGUGAGUGGAGAUCAGCAGUCUAUGGAGGAGGGUUGUCCUCUGUAUUCCCGGGAUUCCACCCAGGAAUAUCAGAACUAUACGGAGAACGAUCAGAAUGAAGAACGGAAAGACAUCAAAAGUGAGGUAAAAGAGGAAGAAGAAGAGAGGUUGGUGAGUGGAGAUCAGCAGUCUAUGGAGGAGGGUUGUCCUCUGUGUUCCCGGGAUUCCACCCAGGAAGAUCACACCUAUACAGAGAACGAUCAGGUAGAUGGGACUGGAGAAAAAGAACUCGAAAAUAGUUCUAUAAGAGAACAUUCUUCUAUGAAAUCUCUUAUUUCUUUUCUAUCAUCUUUGGGGUUUAGAGUGAAGAACGGAAAGACAUCAAAGUUGAGGUUAAAGAGGAAGAAGAAGAGAGGUUGGUGAGUGGAGAUCAGCAGUCUAUGGAGGAGAUGAUGGAAAGUAAACAGGAGGAAUCUUCUCUACAUCUGGACACAAAUGGACGCUUUGUUCUGAAAACCUCGGAGGGAGAUCCGAAUUCACCACAAGAAUUCAAGGCAGAAGAUGAUGAGAUCACACAACGUUCUCCAGGAGAAGAUCCCAUUAUUCCAACCGCACAUCACAGACCUUGCCAUCUGGAGGGAUCAAUGGAUCCUUCUAAUCCUGAGGAACCUUCUGAUAAAUCCCACACUAUGACAUCAGAUGACCAUCUAUCCCAUACUAUGACCUCAGAUGACCAUCUAUCCCACACUAUGUCAUCAGAUGACCAUCUAUCCCACACUAUGACAUCAGAUGUCCAUCUAUCCCACACUAUGACAUCAGAUGUCCAUCUAUCCCAUACUAUGACAUCAGAUGUCCAUCUAAGAUCAAUGGAUCCUUCUAAUCCUGAGGGAUCUUCUAAUCGAUCCCAUACUAUGAUUUCAGAUGACCAUCUAAGAUCUCACAGUGCCGAUCAAUCAACACAUCCAACCAAAUCCAAGGAGUCUUCUUUAUAUAACAGGGGUCACACAGGGGAGCGUCCUUUUUCAUGUUCCGAGUGCGGGAAGUGUUUUGCUACCAAAGGAACACUUGUUAGACACCUAAGCACUCACACGGGAGAGCGUCCUUUUCCAUGUCCACAGUGCGGGAAGUGUUUCAUUAGGAUGGGAGUUCUUCGUGCACACCAGAGAAUUCACACGGGUGAGCGUCCUUUUUCAUGUUCGGAGUGCGGGAAAUGUUUUUCUGACAAAGGAACACUUGUUAGACACCUAAGCAUUCACACGGGAGAACGUCCUUUUUCAUGUUCAGAGUGCGGGAAAUCUUUCAUUAGGAUGGGAAGUCUUCAUACACACCAGAGAAUUCACACUGGUGUGCGUCCUUUUUCAUGUUCAGAGUGCGGGAAAUGUUUCAGUACGAAAGAAAGACUUCUUGGACACCAGAACUGUCACACGGGUGAGCAUCCCUUUUCAUGUCCUGAGUGCGGGAAAUGUUUUAGUACGAAAGCAGGCCUUCAGAGACACCAGUCAGUUCAUACUGGUGAGCGUCCCUUUUCAUGUCCUGAGUGCGGGAAAUGUUUCGCUUUGAAAGAAGACCUUGUUAAACACCAGAGAAGUCAUACUGGUGAGCGUCCCUUUUCAUGUCCUGAGUGCGGGAAAUGUUUUACUACAAAAGCGGGCCUUCAUAGACACCAGUCAGUUCAUACUGGUGAGCGUCCUCAUUCAUGUUCAGAGUGCGGGAAAUGUUUCGCUUUGAAAGAGGACCUUGUUAAACACCAGAGAAGUCACACGGGUGAGCGUCCUUUUGCUUGUUCAGAGUGCGGGAAAUGCUUUCUCAGGGUUGAUCACCUUCUUAAGCACCAGAGACGUCACACGGGUGAGCGUCCUUUUUCUUGUUCAUAGUGCGGAAAAUCUUUCGCUGAAAACAACAGACUUCUUAUACACAAGAGAAUACACACAGGGGAGCGUCCUUUUUCAUGUUCAGAGUGCGGGAAAAGUUUCAUUGACAAAAGAGUACUUCAUAUACACCAAAGAAGUCACGCGAAUCAGCAUCCUCAUUCAUGUGCAGAGUGCGGGAAAUGUUUCACUGAUGAUGGAGGACUACGUAGACACCAAAGAAUUCACACGGAUGAGUGUCCCCAUUCAUGUACAGAGUGUGGGAAGUGUUUCACUGAUAAAGGAAAACUUCUUAGACAUCAGAGAAUUCACACAAGUGAGCGUCCUUUUUCAUGUUUAUAGUGCGGGAAAUGUUUUCAGGGUUCACCCAUCUGACCACGGAGCCCGGGACCGCUGCAACCGGCGGGGGAACCAAUGACGUUCCUCCCCCUCUGGGAAC